UACACUGGUCUGAAAUCAGAUUGUAGGCAGCCACACCAAUACUUGGCCUUUGUUCCCCUCUCCUUCCUGUUAUAACUGUCACUGCCUGUGUUUGACUUACGCAGUGUGUGACAGCUUCUCACUCGCCUCCUAUAUUUGUUUCGCUCACUUUUUCACUGACUUUGAGAGGAAAAGAUACCCGUAGCGAGGUGUAACUAUGUGUUGUACGGGGAAAUGUGCCCGUCUGGUGGGCCUGAUCCUGCUGCCGUCAGCGUUCAUCUGCAUGAUCGCCAACCUGCUGCUGUUCUUCCCCAACGGGGAGAGUCUGGACAACGACCAAAUCUCCCUCCAGGUCUGGCUCAUGGGGGGGCUCAUUGGAGGAGGCCUCUUUAUCCUGUGUCCGAGCUGCUCAGCCAUCAGGGCCGGGGGCAAGGGUUGUUGCGGAAAUGGUUGCUGUGGCAACCGUUGCCGGAUGCUGAACUCUGUGUUCUCCUCUGCUUUCGGCCUGGUUGGAGCGAUCUACUGCACCAGCGUGGCCUCUGCAGGUCUGGCUAUCGGACCCAAGUGUCAGGUGGAUGAUGGCUCAUGGAAAUACCCCUUUGAAGACCUCGGCACUGGUAAUGGCAGCUACCUUGUAAACCAGACCAUGUGGGCAAUCUGUGCCUUCCCUGCCAAUGCGGUGAUGUGGCACGUCGUCCUGUUCUCCAUGCUGCUGGCCAUGGGGUUGGUGCAGCUGGUGCUCUGCGGCAUCCAGGUGGUAAACGGCUGCUUGGGAUGCAUCUGCGGGGACUGUCGCGAGAGCAAAGAUGAUGACGGUGGAUUAUGAAAGUGAAGAUGAUCGCCCCGGUUGUAACCCCCCGCCACAAGGGUCAGGAGGCAUUUCUGUAUUUCAUACUCUGGGAUACCGUUCUAUAAAACAUGCUGGGUUUUUUUUCUUUUGAUACUCUUUUGUCUCACACCAAGUCUGCGUCUGGCUAUUUGAAAUAUUUCAAAGCCUUACUCCAUUAUUGUGUGAAUUUUAUUCUAUUGCCUGACUUAUUUUUGGUUGAAUUCUUCAUUAAAGUAAUUACUGAAUUAAUAAGUAAUUUCCAUACUAAAGACUAUACUGUAUGGAUUGAACUGUAAUUGUAAAUAAUUAUAUGUUUCAUUGGCCUCUACUUACUCAUAUCAAGUGAAUGUGACACAGGAUGUCAAGUUAUAUCAGUUCUGUUAACAUUAAAAACUUAUUUUCCUGAUCA